UCCCUGGAAGUGUUCAAAAAAUGUGUAGAUGUAGCACCUGGGGACAUGGUUUAGUGGUGACCCUGGCAGUGCUGGGAUAAUAAUUUGAGCUGAUGAUCUUAAAGGGGUUUUCCCACCUUUAUAAUUUUGUGAUUUUAAACUUAAAGUUCCUGAAGAACAUUUUCCUCUCAUUCACCUCUGGCUCAGCCACUCCGUAAUACGUCAUCCCACACUGCCCUCCAGCACCCCUGAGCCUGGAUGGGGCUUGAGGAACUCACAGUGAUUGGUAAAUGCUCCAUGAACCUGGAGGCCUUGAGGAAGCAUUUCAGGUGAAUAGUACCAUCCUCUCAUGAGGCACCCUCAUCUGUCAGGGGUCUUUGAGCAAUAUUUGUGUUGAUAGAGUCUGACUGGGAGAGGGUGCAGUUGCUGCAAGUCACAGUGACAGGUACAAGCUGCUGUCACCCCCUGGAGAUGCUGUUGAGGGGAGAUGCUCUGUGACUUGUGAUUUCCAGGCAACUCCACCUUGUGAUUCCUGCAUGGACUUGGUGUUCCAAGGUGGGAAUUCUUUCCCAGGUCUCCCUUCCAGAUCAGCAGCCCUGUCCCCAGGGAGCCAAUGGCAGCGUGGCUCUGCGCAUUAGCCUGGCCCGUCACCUCACUGAUUCCCUCCUGGCUAAUCCGGGCUGAGCCGGGCUGGGCUGAGCAGGGCUCGGCUGCUGCCCAUGGCUGUGCCCACCCCACUGCCCCCCAGCCUGCGCCGGGGCCUGGUGGCCUUCAGUGGCUCCCUCUUCAUCAACAACAAGACGUGGGACAGCGGCACUGCCCCCAGCUCCCAGCCAGCUCACAAGGUGCUGUCCAGCCUGCCCCUCCAGGUGAUGCUCUACUUCAACGUUUACUACUUCCCAGUCUGGUGCCUGGCUGAGGGGAUUAUGCUGCACCUGAAGUACCACCUGCUGCCGUGGCACUAUCAGUUCCUGCUGGUCACAGCCUUCCUCAUCCUCUCGCUGGCUGAGGGCUCUCGCCUCUACCUGGGCUACCUGGGGAACCUCCAGGAGAAGGUGCCUGAGCUGGCUGCGUUCCUGCUCCUCUCCUUCCUGAUCCAGCUGCCCCUCCUGCUCUUCCUGCUGUCAGACAGGCAGGUCAUCCACCUACCGCUGGAGGUGCCCCUGCACAGCUUGUUCCUGGCCUUCCUCCUCCUCGAGAUCGUGGCUGCCUUCCUGGUGCUGAGGACUAUGACCAAGCAGCUGGCAGCACAGUUCUACCUGCGGCAGUUCCAGGAGGGUGGCAGGGGCCGGCUGGAGCCUGGGGGCACAGGGGGACAGGCAGCCGGGAUGGGCUGAUGCUGCAUGACCCCUCCACCCCACACAGCUGGUCCUGGCAAGGAGCAUUAAACAGUGCUCAAACCCA